UUAUUUGUUUGUUUGUUUGUUUGUUUGUUUGUUUGUUUUUGUGUGUGUAUGUAGGACUGGCUGAUUCGGUAUGGGUAUUUACAGUCUCCAGAUACUCUGAUUGGUGGUCUUCAGACCAAGGAGAGUAUUGAAGAAGCUGUCCGCAAAAUGCAACGAUUUGCUGGCAUCGAAGAGACUGGGAACUUGGAUCAGAAGACUUUAGAAAUGAUGGGCAGACCUCGUUGCUCUCUCCCAGACACCAUCAGCUUUGAAGAGCUGCUGAAAAGAAACAGGAGAGGUAAAAACAAGGUGAUGAUGAAGAAGAAGAGAUACACUCUGCCAAAGAUGAGAUGGGACAAGACUGAUAUAACAUGGAGCAUGCAAGAUUUUCCACCUCCCUCAGUGUCUCCUGCUCUAAAUCCAGGUCUGGUGAGGCUUAUUUUGGGCAAUGCCCUGCGAGUGUGGAGUGAAAACACACCUCUGCGUUUCCACUACUCUCCAGAUGAACCAUCGCCACAGACAGACAUCACAGUCACUUUUACCAGUGGCUACCAUGAGGACGGCUAUCCAUUCGAUGGCAAGGGUGGAGCUCUGGCACAUGCCUUCUUCCCAGGUAAAGGAGAUCUGGCUGGAGACACACACUUUGAUGCUGAAGAGAGCUGGUCGUAUGGAGACUGGAGCAGCGACUCAGAUUUAUUCACAGUCGCAGUGCAUGACUUUGGUCACGCUUUAGGCCUGUUUCACUCCUCCUCCAGUGACUCCAUCAUGAAGCCGUAUUACUUUGGUCCUGUGGGAGAGAUGAACAGCUACAGCUUAACCGCUGUUGACAGACUGGGAAUUCAGGCGCUGUAUGGAAAACAACACAAUUUGAAACCACCUCCAUCUGUUGCUGCUCCCACUACUUAUCCGACCCAGUUUUCCACCACUUAUCUUCUACAUCCUCCCUAUUAUCCACCAGACUCUGCUGAUCGCUGUCAGGGAGGUUAUGAUGCCGUUGCUAAUAUCAGAGCAGAGAUUUUUUUCUUUAGAGGUCAACAUUUUUGGAGGGUAGAUCAUUCAGGCUCAUUGCUGUCCUCGACUCCAGCUCUGAUCCACAGCUUCUGGAUUGGUUUGCCUCCAGAUACAGCCAGGGUUGAUGCAGCAUAUGAGAGAAGAGAUGGACAUAUUGUAUUCUUUAUUGGUAAUCAGUACUGGGUUUUUAGGAACACAAUGGCCCUGCCUGGGUAUCCACGACGGCUUUCAGACUGGGGUUUACACACUGCAGCAGGACAGCUUGCUGAAAGUGUGGAGGCAGUGUUUGUGUGGCCACACAAUGGGAAGACGUAUGUGUUCAGCAGUGGACUGUACUGGAGGUUUGAUGAGGCAGGAGGAGAGAGGAAGAUGGAGGAAGGCUAUCCCAAGCCAGCCGCCAUCUGGGGGAUGCCCUCUCACCCAGAUGAUAUCAUCGCAUUUCUAGAUGGAGAAACCUACUUUUUCAAAGACUCAAACUACUGGAUUUUACAAAGAGGAGGUCUGGAUCUGGAAUCUGCUUCUCCGAAGUCUAUAGCUACUGACUGGAUGAAAUGUGAUAGACAUGUUUCAGCUCCCACACCUGAGAUUCCCAGAGACAGAAACUGUAGUUGUGUCCAGAAUGUGGCAGCCGUGAUGCGAUCUUUAUCAGUGAUUAUAUAUUUGACUAAUAUAAUUUGUAUUUUGGUUGUUACAGUGUUUUGAUGAUAAUAUUCUUUAUAUUUUAGUUGAUUGAUAGUUGGGUCAUGCUGUGUCAAUUAAACCAGAGCUACAGGAAUGCAAACUUUGAAAAUAUGAAAAAAUAAUAAUAAAUCAAAUAUUGAUGCUGAAAUAUUUCUAAAGUUAUUUUUUUUGAAGUUGCCCCCCAUUUUACUUAAAAUCUAACAUGAACGGUGUAAUUUGAUUCCCCUCUACAAAAUUUAUAGUACUCAGUAAAUAUAAAUCUCAUGCCGAAAUACAAAAGUUGAGUCUGGGUCAUUUCUGAAAUGUGGUCGAUUUGACACCGAAUGACUCCCUGGAUUUGUACUUAACCACAUUUCUAAGAUAUUUUGGAAUAGAAAAUAGUCCAGUGGUUGUUCAUUUUUUAUGUCUGCAAAUGCAGUGUGAAAGAUCGUCAGCUGAUUUUCAAUACUGUGUAUUUGAACAUGUUACUGAUUUGACAUUCUGCUACAGUACAUCCUAAGUAUUUAGAAGUAGACUGGUAGAUGGUCCUUAAUCUGUCAAAAAGUAGACUAGAAGCCACAAAACUGUACUGUAAUCAGUAUUUGCAGUAAUUUGCUUCAACCAAUGGAUUCCAAUUAUUUCUGUCAUAUCAAAAUAAAAAGGCAUGAGCCUAUUAAAUUCA